GGAGGUGCUGGGUGGUGGCGGUGGCGACUGCGGGCUGGGAUCAGCCGGGCGGGAGCAGUGUAGGCGCAGGGUCACCAGCCAGCGCGAAGCCAGACAUGGAGCCGCCCGGCGGGGGUCUGGGACCUGGCCGCGGGACCCGGGACAAGAAGAAGGGCCGGAGCCCGGACGAGCUGCCCGCGGCGGGCGGCGACGGCGGCAAAUCCAAGAAAUUUACUCUGAAGCGGCUCAUGGCAGAUGAGCUGGAGAGAUUUACCAGCAUGAGAAUUAAGAAGGAGAAGGAAAAGUCGAACUCUGCUCAUAGAAAUUCUGCAUUAUAUGGGGAUGAUCCCACAGCACAUUCAUUGCAAGAUAUUUCAGAUGAGCAAGUUUUAGUACUCUUUGAACAGAUGCUGGUGGAUAUGAACCUGAAUGAGGAGAAACAGCAGCCUUUGAGGGAGAAGGACAUUUUUAUCAAGAGGGAGAUGGUGUCCCAGUACUUGCACACCUCCAAGGCUGGCAUGAGCCAGAAGGAGAGCUCCCGGUCUCCCAUGGUGUACAUUCAGGAGCUGAGGUCAGGCUUGCGGGACACGGCUCUGCUCAACUGCCUGGAGUCCCUUCGUGUCUCCCUCAACAACAACCCUGUCAGCUGGGUGCAAACAUUUGGUGCUGAGGGCCUGGCCUCCUUGUUGGACAUCCUUAAACGACUCCAUGAUGAGAAGGAAGAGACCCCUGGGAGCUACGAUAGCCGUAACCAGCAUGAGAUCAUUCGCUGCUUGAAAGCUUUUAUGAAUAACAAGUUUGGAAUCAAGACCAUGUUAGAUACAGAAGAAGGAAUCCUGCUGCUGGUCAGGGCCAUGGAUCCUGCUGUUCCCAACAUGAUGAUUGAUGCAGCCAAGCUGCUCUCUGCCCUUUGUAUCCUCCCACAGCCAGAGGACAUGAAUGAAAGGGUUUUGGAGGCAAUGACAGAAAGAGCUGAGAUGGAUGAGGUGGAACGUUUUCAGCCACUGCUGGAUGGAUUAAAAAGUGGGACCUCCAUUGCACUCAAGGUGGGAUGCCUACAGCUGAUCAAUGCACUCAUCACACCAGCUGAAGAGCUUGACUUCCGAGUUCAUAUCCGAAGUGAACUGAUGCGCUUGGGGCUGCAUCAAGUGUUGGAGGACCUUCGGAAGAUAGAAAAUGAGGACAUGAGAGUGCAGCUAACUGUGUUUGAUGAGCAAGGGGAUGAAGAUUCCUACGACCUGAAGGCACGGCUGGAUGACAUUCGAAUGGAGAUGGAUGACUCCAGCGAAGUCUUCCAGAUUCUCUUAAACACAGUGAAGGAUUCAAAGGCAGAGACACACUUCCUGUCCAUUCUGCAGCACCUACUCUUGGUUCGAAAUGACUAUGAAGCCAGACCGCAGUACUAUAGGUUGAUAGAAGAAUGUAUUUCUCAGAUAGUUUUGCGCAAGAAUGGGGCCGAUCCUGACUUCAAGUGCCGGCACCUCAGUGUUGAUAUUGAGGGAUUGAUUGAUCAAAUGAUGGAUAAAACAAAGGUAGAGAAAUCUGAAGCCAAAGCUACAGAGCUGGAAAAAAAGCUGGACUUAGAGUUAACAGCCCGACAUGAGCUACAGGUGGAAAUGAAAAAGAUGGAAAGUGACUUUGAGCAGAAGCUCCAGGAUCUUCAAGGAGAAAAGGAUGCAUUGGAUUCUGAAAAGCAGCACAUUGCCGCAGAGAAACAGAACCUGGAGUCAGAGGUGUCUCAGCUCACAGGAGAGGUUGCCAAGCUGUCCAAGGAGCUGGAAGAUGCCAAGAAAGAAAUGGCUUCUCUCUCAGCUGCAGUUACUGCUGCAGCCCCCCCGAGCAGUGCUGCUGUUCCCCCUGCCCCGCCUUUGCCUGGUGACUCUGGCACUGUUACCCUACCCUCACCUCCUCUUCCUGAGGAUGAUUCCAUUCCUCCUCCACCACCUCCCCCUCCUUUGCCUGGGGCUGCUGCCAUCCCCCCACCCCCUCCUUUGCCUGGGGCUGCUGCCAUCCCCCCACCCCCCCCUUUGCCUGGGGGUUCUGCCAUCCCCCCACCCCCUCCUUUGCCUGGGGGUUCUGCCAUCCCCCCACCCCCUCCUUUGCCUGGGACUGCUGCCAUCCCCCCACCCCCUCCCUUGCCUGGGGGUGCUGCCAUCCCCCCACCCCCUCCUCCCUUGCCUGGAGGACCAGGAUUGCCACCUCCCCCUCCCCCUCUCCCGGGUGGUUCCGGAAUCCCCCCACCUCCUCCAUUUCCUGGAGGCCCUGGCAUUCCUCCACCUCCGCCAGGCAUGGGUAUGCCUCCACCUCCCCCUUUUGGAUUUGGAGUUCCUGCAGCCCCAGUUCUGCCAUAUGGAUUAACCCCAAAGAAGCUUUAUAAGCCAGAAGUACAGCUCCGGAGGCCAAACUGGUCCAAGUUUGUCGCUGAGGACCUUUCCCAGAACUGCUUCUGGACAAAGGUGAAGGAGGACCGCUUUGAGAACAAUGAACUUUUUGCCAAACUUACCCAUGCCUUCUCUGCCCAGACCAAGACAUCAAAAGCCAAGAAGGAUCAGGAAGGUGGAGAAGAAAAGAAAUCUGUACAAAAGAAAAAAGUAAAAGAGUUAAAGGUGUUGGAUUCAAAGACAGCCCAGAAUCUCUCAAUCUUUCUGGGUUCCUUCCGCAUGCCCUAUCAAGAGAUUAAGAAUGUCAUCCUGGAGGUGAAUGAGGCUGUCCUGACCGAGUCCAUGAUCCAGAACCUCAUUAAGCAGAUGCCAGAGCCAGAGCAGCUAAAAAUGCUCUCCGAACUGAAGGACGAAUAUGAUGACCUGGCAGAGUCGGAGCAGUUCGGCGUGGUGAUGGGCACCGUGCCCCGCCUGCGGCCUCGCCUCAAUGCCAUCCUCUUCAAGCUGCAGUUCAGUGAGCAAGUGGAGAACAUCAAGCCGGAGAUUGUUGCUGUGACUGCCGCAUGUGAGGAGCUGCGAAAGAGCGAGAGCUUCUCUAACCUUCUGGAGAUUACCUUGCUUGUCGGCAACUAUAUGAAUGCUGGUUCCAGGAACGCAGGGGCUUUUGGCUUCAACAUCAGCUUCCUCUGUAAGCUUCGGGACACCAAGUCCGCAGAUCAGAAGAUGACGUUGUUGCACUUCUUGGCUGAGUUAUGUGAGACCGACUACCCUGACGUCCUCAAGUUUCCAGAUGAGCUUGCGCACGUGGAGAAAGCCAGCCGAGUUUCUGCUGAAAACUUACAAAAGAAUCUAGAUCAGAUGAAGAAACAGGUCUCUGACGUGGAACGUGAUGUUCAGAAUUUCCCAGCUGCCACAGAUGAGAAAGACAAGUUUGUUGAAAAAAUGACCAGCUUCGUGAAGGACGCACAGGAGCAGUACAGCAAGCUGCGGAUGAUGCACGCCAACAUGGAGAGCCUCUACAAGGAGCUGGGCGAGUACUUCCUCUUUGACCCCAAGAAGGUGUCUGUGGAAGAAUUCUUCAUGGACCUUAACAACUUUAAGAACAUGUUUGUGCAAGCAGUCAAGGAGAACCAGAAGCGGCGGGAGACAGAGGAAAAGAUGCGGCGAGCAAAACUAGCCAAGGAGAAGGCAGAGAAGGAGCGGCUGGAGAAGCAGCAGAAGAGAGAGCAGCUCAUAGACAUGAAUGCAGAAGGUGAUGAAACAGGUGUGAUGGACAGUCUUCUAGAAGCCCUACAGUCAGGCGCAGCAUUCCGACGGAAGAGAGGACCCCGUCAGGACAAUCCCUUGUGCCCCUGGGAGGAGGAGGAGGAGGAGGAGGCAGAGGAGGAAGAGACCUGUAAACUGCCAACAGGAAAGCUGGGUGUGCAGUCACAUCUCUGCUAGCCUCAGAGCUGACCAAGGACGAUGCCAUGACCACUGUUGCUGCCAAGAUGCCCAAGAUCAGUGAUGGAGUCCCCACAAUCCUGGAGGAACCCAUGGAGCUGGUUGGCCGUGCAAGCUAACCCGGGUCCUAUGG